AUGGUCAGUUUCGACGUAGUGUCGCUCUUCAUCAGGGUGCCUAUAGAGGAUACUAUGGAUCUGCUAGGACGACAUUUCGAAGAUAUCUUGAGACUCUUCCACCAUGUCCUGACCACCUCAUGCUUCAACUUCAAUGGCCAGUUCUAUGAACAAACCGAUGGCGUGGCGAUGGGCUCGCCACUUUCUCCGGUCAUCGCAAACCUAUAUAUGGAGGACUUUGAGGAGAGGGCACUUGACUUGGCCCCACACAAGCCCCGCUGCUGGUUUCGCUACGUGGACGACACCUUCGUCAUCUGGCCACACGGCCCCGACAAGCUUAAGGACUUCCUGAACCACCUAAAUAGUAUCCAGCAAGUGUACAGCAAAUCCACCCGUACAAACCUCUACAUUAACGCUGCGUCCCACCACCACCCUUCCAACAAGCAAGCUGCACGUUCCACACUGGUGCACAGGGCUAGAGCUCUAUGUGAUCAAGACAGCCUACAUGCGAAGUUGGUGCUCCUGGGGGAUGUAUUCAGGAAGAACAGGUACAGGCAGAUCCACAGAGUUCUCAACCAUCGGCUGAACAUCAG